AUGGUCUCAGACAGCAAGCCGAGUUGCCAUUCCAGCGGAACAAACAACAAGGCUAAAACAUUCCCUGUACAUCAUGAGGCCUUGACAAGACUUCGCGAGGUCCUUCCCGAUAAGCUUUGGCCGGAGGUGCGCCCAGCACUCUCAGAAGACGUAUCAUUCGGCAAAGCAGAGCUUCAACACGGGAGGGUACUGGUCGGCCACGUCGACCCAGAAAAGAGCCAGGGACAGGAUACUGCGGAAGAACGCGCCUUGUGGGCUCAUCUCUGGAAGAUUGAUUGCAGAGGAGGUGCUGUACUCAGCUUCUAUUACAAUACCCACGAGGAGCUCCGGAUCGGCGAGCCAAAGUUCCGCAAGGUCGAGUUCCAGAAAUGGUGUUGCAUGAUCGCUACAGAUCAGUCACCUGUAGGCUCUUCUGGUGGCGAGUGGGAGAAGCGUCUCAAGACGGUCGUGAAGAUUGCUCUCCUUGGAGGUGGAUACCUGAACCCAAAAGAUUAUACGUUUCCAGACCUGGCAACAAUCAUCAGUGUCAUCAACAAGCGCAAGCCUACCCACCAAGCCUGUUCUUCUUCAAUGCGCAACGCCAACGGCAAGCGACCGUCGGAGGGAGACUACCUAGACAGAUUCAUCGAACAGAUCAUGGAACCUGAGUCUGAGGACGACUACUUGGAUAGAGACAACGAGGAUGGUGCACCCCUGGCAGAUUCUAGCAGUCCUGCCUACGCUCCUUCUGCAAAGAAGUCUGGUAUGAAACCAUCUCAUAUACAAGAACUACAAGAGGCAUUUCCGCCUACAGUCUGGCCACGUGUUGAGAACUGCAGUGAAGACAUCGGCAACAUUUACCCUGGAAAAGUCUACCUAGGAUUUGUGCCAUCUGCAAAAUCGCCGAGUGGUUCACCAAAGGAGGUGUGGGCGAGGGUCAAAGGCAAAGCGUCCGUCAAAGGAGAAGCGUCCGCCAAAAGGUCUGGACACAUUCUGUGCUACUGGAACGACGGACGAAAGGCAAACUUGAGGGAUGAAGAUCUCGUUAGUAAGAUAGAUUUCGACAAGCCUUUUCGAUAUCUUGGAGACCCUGAAGCACGCGACAAGAAGAAAGACAUACGCGAUCCCUGGCGGGCCUCGGUAGCCAUUUGUGUACGGGCAGCGCUCGUCCACGCGGGAAUGAUUGACGGAGACGAGCUCUCAAUCCAGACUAAAGCACCACGAGCCGCCGAGAUCAUUCGCCAAAACCGGAACAGACUCGACACCAGCACCGCAAGGCCCGCUGACGUAGAAGCCUCGGACGAUAUUAAUGCUCCAUCCAGUAUUGAUGUUAUUUACAGUUCUCCAAGCAUCCCGAUUGCAGACAUGAGGCCCAAAAAGCGUCGUAUGGCCUCUGAUCACGAAGCUGGCAAUGAUGCUAGAGAUUCAGUCUCGUUGGCCACGACACCAGCCCCGAGAGGAUUUUCGACCGUAAGCUCGAUAUCGCCGUCGAUACAAUUUCUCAGGAGAGCUCGUGAGACUGGGCCAGGAUCUCUAUCUUACGAGCUUGCCGCUUCCAAGAAGAGAUGUGCGACUCUCGAAGCCGAUGCCGAGCGACAAAAGACAGAGAACGAACAGCUUCAAGAACUAUGCAAAGAGAAGACUGUUGGCGCUGUGACUCUGCGAAGUGAGUUAGCCGUCGCCCGCGAGAAGAUAGCAAAACUCGAGCGAGACGGCGCGGAGCUACAAGCGGAGAUGGGCAGUCUCAGGAAGUUGAGACAAGCGCAUGUAAAACAUGCUCAGCCCAUUCUACUCGAAGUCAUGGCUUUCGACAUUGGUGAUCAAGAUGGAACCGAUCCAGAAACGGCAAACCGAGACGCUAAGAGGCAGUACGUCGAGACAUACGGUAUUGAAGUUGAAGGCGGAGCGCUGGGAGAUAUGGCUUGA